GUUUGAUUUUUGUAGCUGGACGAAGCAGUUGAACUGGCGGCAGCAGGUUGCGCGUGGUGUUGAAAAAAAACUCAUAUACACUCACCGUCACCGUCACACGAACGCUGAAUUCGCUCUCUCACAAGCGCACACACUCUCAGUCGCAGUGCCAGCUCAGUCGCGAUCGCAAUAGCAACGACUGCGCGGUCCCAUUGGAACUCUGGCGAUUGUAGCUGUCGCAGUCGAAGUCGCAAUCGCAGUGUGUGCGUUUCGUUAAGCGUUUUUCGCCUCGCUUCGGUCUCAUUACGUUACGUUUCGAUUUUGGGGUUUUGAGAUUCGGAUUUAGUUUCGGAUUCGUAUUCGGAUUCAAAUUGAGAUUCAAAGUGUAACGUUGAAUUACAAGCGCUAGUGCUCAAAUCCAUUGUGUUUUUUUGUGUGUGGUGUGUUUUGCUUGCAUUUUGGGCAGCGACAAAAAUUCUUUGCAACGACUCCCAACAAGUUGCUGCUGGUCAAAACAAAUAGCCACACAGAAAGUUGCGACCCAGCAACAACAGCAACUACAACUACAACGGCAACAACGACAACCAAGCAAACGGCAUUCUUUCGCGCAACAACAAAAAGCAGUUGCUAAAGAGAGGACAGCACUAAUACAAACAUACAAGCAUUAUAAACGCCAGCUCGCUCGCUCUCUCUCUCUCUCUCUCUCUCGUUCAGUCGUGCUUGUUCUCUUUUUAUAUUGUCAUAUACGUUUGUUCUGUAUAUGUAUGUGUUUAUGUGUGGAGCUGCAGCGACCGUUUGAUUAAAUCGUACUAUCCCCAACCUCCGCGGCCCCUCUCUAUUGUUGCCUGAUCGCGUCGAGCGCCCACACAAACGCCAGUGAGAGAGAGCGCGUGAGACGCGAGCCGUCCAUUGGAAUGCGGCCCGCUGUUGCCGUCUUCGUUGACUGCGCAGCCGCAGCGUUUUGUUAGUGUUUGACGAAGAGGUCAGCAAGAGCUUUCGGGCAGCAGCAGCAGCACCAGCAGAAACAAAAACAACGAUAAUUCAAAAACAACAAUACAAUUUACUGUUAUUUUAACAUCGCGCAGCAAACGGCGUUAAUCGAUUCUCAGUGCAAAAAGAAAAACAAAAAAAGUUCGUUAAAAAAAGUAAAAGAUAUUGUGAAUAGAAAACACCCAGCGACACUCAGUAUUUGGAUUACGCGCUUAAGGCGCCCAUCUUUGUCCCCUCCCUGACAACAAAAUCGAAAACAAAAUGCCGUCCACUGCAGCGGCCUACGACGGCAGUGCAUAAGCAGCAACGUAUUUCGAACGCGCGCGCUGUAUACGGAAAAUGAUGCAGCAUGCGAGCAUUUUGCACCGUCAGCGCGCCCCUGGAAGUAUGCGCGUCCUCAGCCGAGCAACUGUCACCCGGCUCCCGAUUUCUGGCACUGAGACUUCUUGGCCAACAACAGCCGAAAACCCUUUACUUCCUAGUCGAUGCAAAGAGUCGCGUCCGAGAGGUUUAUACACAGACAUGUCUGCACUUUGCCACGCAGGGCAUGCAGGACACCGAGCUGUUCGGUCUGGCCGUUCUCAUAGAUGGCGAGUACAUGUUUGCAGAUCCGGAGAGCAAGCUCUCCAAAUACGGCCCGAAGAGCUGGCGUUCCUCGCACACGCACGGUCUGGAUGCCAAUGGACGUCCUCUCCUGGAGCUACACUUUCGCGUGCAGUUCUACAUCGAGAGCCCGUUCAUGCUGAAAGACGAGACGUCCAGGCACAAUUACUAUCUGCAGCUGCGCCACAAUGUGCUGCAGCGUGAGCUGCCGCGCGACCAUGCUGAUCAGGCGCUGGUCAUGCUUGCCGGCUACGCGCUGCAGGCGGAUCUGGGCGAUGCGCCCACCAUAGCAGCGGCAGCUGUAGAAGCUAACACAACGACAACAGCAGCAGGAACAGCAACAACGACAACGACGACAACAACAGCAACAGCAACAAGCACUAAAAAUCCAACUACAAUCCAUCAAAGCAAGGAGGAAACACACGAGGAGCAGGCGGCAACAGCUGGCACAUCGCGCAACGGCAGAUCCACGGGCAUGACCACAACGCUGCCCAAGAUACGUAAGCGCUUGAGCAGCUACAAUGAGCGCAUGCUGCGUCUGUCCACCUACGUGACCUCCACCAGUCAGGCGGCUGCCAAGCGAGAAGCGGCACCGGCUUGCCCAGUGCCCUGCAGCAGCUCGACGGAUUACUUUCGCAUGGAGGACUAUUUGCCGGCCACACUGCACACGGACUGGGCGAAGAGCGAGCUGCGCGCCUGCCAUCGGGAGCACAAGGGUCUGGGCCAAGCUGAGGCGGAACUGAUGUACAUACAGCAGGCGUGCAGUCUGCACGAGACAAUCAAUGCGCACACGUUCCGCAUGCGGCUGGCGAAGAGCGAGGCGGGCGUGGGCAGUGCCUGGUUCGUCAUCUAUGCCAAGGGCAUCAAGAUUCUGGGCAGUGGUGCGGGAGCGGAGCCGGCAACCUUUCUGUGGCCGCACAUAACGAAAUUGUCGUUCGAACGCAAGAAGUUCGAGAUUCGGUCCGGGGAGAGUCGCAUUACGCUCUACGCAGCGUCGGAUGAGAAGAACAAGCUGUUGCUGACUCUCUGCAAGGAUACGCAUCAGUGGAGCAUGAAGUUGGCCGCGCGCCUGAAGGAGGUGGGCAAGCGCGAGGAGGAGGAAGCGGAGUCGCAAUGCCUGCACGCCAGCUACGCCUGCUCGCGCAGUCUGAUGUUGCCCUACAAGAGCAAGAACGAGCAACGCAUCUCGGUCAUCUCGAGCACCAGCUCGAACACCACCUCGGGCAUUGUCAGCGAUCGUGUGCACUCCGAGGAUGAGCUGGAGAUUAUGAUAAAUACGCCGCCAGCCCCGAUCGCUGCACCAUCCACAGAGAGUCUGGCACUGGCGCAUCUGCUGGACAGACCCAGUGUGAGCCGGCAGACGUCGUCGGUGGGUCAGAUGUCGCUCAAGGACUUGGAGGAGCAGCUGGCUGCGCUGAGCGUAAGCGUAAGCGUGCGACCCACAGAGGUCCUCGCCAGCAACAAUGCUGGCAGCCAACGGACAACCACGACGAGCAACAGCAUCAGCAUCAGCACCGCCAACGAUUCCUCGACCACGACCACAGAUUCGCCCAAUUCGCAGCAUAACAUUGGCUCGCAGUGCUCAUCGACGUGCAGUACUGUGGUGGUAACAACACCACCGGCACCACCAGUGCAUUCCACAUCCUCCAGCCUGGAGUUGGGCUUCAGUCACACGGCGCAGAACUCCGCCUUGAGUGAGUCGAAUCCCGACGAUUUCCUGGCGGCAUCCGUGCGCGAUGACAGCGAGAGCGUCUCGGGCGUAUCCGGUGUGUACACACUGGCCCACGGCAUGGCACCACCCACAGAGACGUCUGGAGUUUACACCAUGCACAGCAGCGAGCUGACCGGCCAAUUCUCUGAGCUGGCCGAGUCCGAGAAGAGCUCACACUAUGGCAUCUUCCAGCCAGCUAAGGGCGAGAGCAGCCAUGCGGCCAGCGACUCGGUGGACGGCGGUGCUGGGGCCGGCAUUGGCGUCGGUGGUGUCUCGGCCAAAAAGUGCAACGAGUUCCGUUUACGCUCCGACUCCAACAUCAGCACCAGCAGCUCGUUUCGCGGCGAUGGCAGCGAUCCCACGGACAACAAGCAUACGCUGCUGUCGGCCGAGGAGCUAACCAAUCUGAUUGUGGGCCGUGGCACCUACCCCAGCCGCAAGACUGUGUCCAGCAGCCUACACUCGGACUGCGAUUAUGUGACGCUGCCGCUGGCGGGUGGGGAGUCCAAUGAUGCACAGGUGCAGCCACCUGCACCACCGCCAUAUAGUGCCAGGCAUGAGAAGACCGGACUGUGUGGACCGCCGGUGGGGCCACCGCCGCCUGUACCGCCCAUGCCCAAGCCAGUGAGCAUGCCGAUGGUCAACCCAGAGCCAACAGCUGCGCCUGCACCACCACCACCAACAUCAGUGGCAGCGGUGGUAGCAAAAGCUGCAGCAGCAGCAGUUCCUGCCACGCCACCGCCACCACCACCACCGGCWGCGCCGCUGCGUCGACGUGAUCCGCCUCCCUAUCCCACAUCAAUGAAACCUCGACCCACCUCGCUCAUCUCGAUGGCCUCCUCGGCAGCGCCGGCGCCCAGUGCCGCCGAAUCAAUGAGCUCACUGAAAUCAGAGGAGAUUACGGCACGCUUUAUCACCACCCGGCCACAGAUAAGCAUCCUCAAGGCGCACACCAGCCUGCUCCCCGACGGUGCCAAGCCCAGCUAUGCUGCACCCACGCACUAUUCAUCGGCUGCCUCGUCGAGUGGAUCUGUGUGCAGCCAUCAGCUGUCGCAGCAAUCGCUGCACAAUUCCAAUUAUGCUGGCGGCUCGCAGGCAUCGCUGCAUCAUCAGCACCACUCUCACCAUCAGCUCCACUCGCACCAUCAACACCACCACCAACAGCAGCAGCAGCAGCAGCAGCUCUCGCAUCAUCGUCAUUCCGGCUCGGCUGCGAUUGGCAUACCCAUAGUUCCUUACGGGCUGCACCACAAGAGCACCGCCUCGCUGCACCACCAGCAGGCGCCGCCGCAGCAGGCGUGCGUGCUGUUGCCAGUGAUAAAGCCGCGCCAGUUUCUGCCGCCACCGCCGCCCAGUUUGCCRCGCCAGCCGCCACCGCCGCCGCCGCCCACGCAUCCCCAUCAUCUGGCCGGGCUCUACAGCAGCCAGCUGGCGGCGCGUAACCAGCUGGAGCUGUACCAGCAACAAAUGUACAGCGAUGUCGACUACGUCAUCUAUCCCAUACAGGAUCCGGCCGUUAGCCAGCAGGAGUAUCUGGAUGCCAAGCAGAGCUCCCUGCUGGCCGCCAUGGCGCAGGCGCCGGCACCGCCGCAUCAUCCACCCUACCUGGCCUACUCCGCCGGCUGGGACACCUGCAAGGGCCAUGCCAUUUAUCGCAGUACGCCGUAUUUGCCGCUGGCACUGUCCACGCACUCGCGCUACGCCUCCACACAGAAUCUGUCGGACACGUACGUGCAGCUGCCCGGUGCCGGCUACUCGCCGCUCUACUCCCCAUCGAUGGCCAGCAUGUGCAGCUCGUAUGAGCCACCGCCACCACCACCGUUGCUUCCGACCGCGCUUGCUGCGGCCGCAGCGGCAAACGCCUCCAGCUUCUUUGCACGAUCACGAUCAGAUGAUAAUAUUCUGAAUUCGCUCGACUCGAUGCCGAGGCCCAAGGUGAAGCGUUUGCCGCCACCGCCGCCGCCGCCGUACGUCAAUCGGCACAAGAAACCGCCGAUGCCGGCGCCCAGCGAACAGCCGCCGCCAAUUCCCUCAAAGCCAAAUCCCAAUACCAGCAUGAGCGUGUUGCCGCCACGCAAGCCGCUCACGCUCAAUCCGCAUCAAUCCAACAGUCCGCUGAUCAAGACAUCCAGCGGCGCCCAGUGGGCGGGUGAGCGACCACGACCCGAUCUGAGUCUGGGCUUGAAUCGUGGCAAUAGCAACAGCAUAUUGGCACAGCUCCAAGCCUCCAUUGCCGCUAGCAGCCAAUCGCAGUCGGCCAAUGCCAAUUCGGCUAAUCCGCUGGAUAUUGCACUGCUGCGCGAGAAGAGCAAACAUCUGGAUCUGCCGCUCAUCUCGGCGCUGUGCAACGAUCGCUCGCUGCUCAAGCAGACCAAGGUCAUAGUCAAUCCGAAGAACGCCAAGCAAUCGACGAGUGCCACAGCGUGUACUAAUGUCGUCACGACCGCUGUGGCAACCACUGCGGCGCCCACUGCAACCACCUCGACUGGUUGUGGUGUGGGACAUCAUAGCGCCAGCAAGUCCUUGGCUCCGACACCGGCCAUGAAUGGCAAUACGGCCACUUCCACAACUGGCACACUGACCAAGGGACGCAAGAGCGCAACGAUCAGUCAUCGACAUCCGCAGGACAAGCUGCCGCCGCUGCCCGUCCAGCUGGCGGAAGCCAACAACUAUGUCAUGGAUCCAGCGGUGGUUAUGAAGCACCACAAAAGCUAAAACUCGCAGUCACAAACCCAAACGCAAACGCAAACGCGAUCGCAGACCUAAGCAUCGAAACAACAAUAAGAACACACAAAUAGGCAGAGCAGCCCACUCAAUUCUCUAGUUAAGGAUGUGAAUGUGGUUGGUUGGUAUUUGUGGUGGUGGUGUUGGUGGGUCAGCGCAGUCCAGCUGAGAAUUUGCAUAGGUCGCGAAUUGAAUUGGUUGAUCACAGUGUGUUGGCGGCUGGAAAGUAGACUCGAACACCAGGUUUUAACUAGGCCCGCUUCCACAGGACAACAAUCGAUAGACAUUUCAACAGCCAGUACAACAGUUACGGACAACGUAACAAAAGCAAAUAGAAACAAAACAAAAACAAAACAAAACGAACCUCAAAUACGCAUUCAAAUAGCACACACAGAACCCAGUCUAGUCAAUUUAGGUAUGGGAAAACUGAAUAUAGAAUGACAGAACUAGAAACACAAAACAGGAAUCUUAAAAGACAAGAAACAACAAUCGUGAGAAAUGGAAGCAACAAUACUCAAGUAUAAAAUACGAACUACUUAAUUUACUAAAACUAUAAAAGGAAAAAAAAAAAUUAAAAAUAAAAAAAAAAC